CUUCCAUAAUCAAACAGGGAAGUUCAAAUUACUCUGCACAGUUUGUUUGACUGCAGUGGGUCACCUGUAAGCGCAGGUACCAGAGUGUGUUUGAGAGCGUCUUCUCAUCACCAUGAAGCUCAGCGGUGUGCUGCUCUGUGUUCUCCUGAUCUGGGUUAAGUCCUCUCGGGCUGACACACCAGCGAACUGCACUUACGAGGAACUGCUGGGCACAUGGGUCUUUCAAGUGUCCAAAGGAGGUCAGGACAAGAGCAUCAAUUGUUCUGCAGAGGCUGUUGGAGCAAGCUCAGUGACAGUGACCCUGGAAAAACUGUCUGUAGCCAUUGACGAAUUGGGCAACACUGGCUUCUUCACUCUCGUCUACAACCAAGGAUUUGAGAUGGUGCUUGGUGGAUACAAAUGGUUUGGCUUUUUCAAGUACUCCGAGGAUGGUUCACAGGUGAUCAGUUACUGUGAUCAGACCCUGCCAGGAUGGGUUCAUGAUGUCUUGGGAAACAACUGGGCCUGUUUUGUGGGGAAAAAAGUGAAAGCAGCGCAACCCCGAAAAGACAACCUACCGUUCUUCAACAGCAAGUAUUUCCGGAGUGCAUAUAAACACAAUUUGGAUUUCAUUGAAGCAAUCAACUCAGUUCAAAGCCUUUGGAAAGCUCACCCUUAUCCUGAACAUGAAACCUACAGUCUGUUGGAGCUGCAGUACAGAGCUGGAGGUCCUGCAUCUCGGAUCCCUGUACGCCCUCGCCCAGCUCCUGUGACAAGUGAGUUAGCCAAGAUGGCAGCUGCUCUCCCUGCACACUGGGACUGGAGGAACGUCAAUGGUGUCAACUUUGUCAGUCCUGUGCGAAACCAAGCAUCAUGUGGUAGCUGCUAUUCUUUUGCUUCAAUGGGAAUGCUGGAGGCACGAAUUCGCAUUUUGACUAACAACAGCCAGACACCCACCCUCAGCCCUCAACAGAUCGUAUCCUGCUCAGAAUACUCCCAAGGCUGCGAUGGUGGAUUCCCAUAUUUGAUUGGGAAGUAUGUGCAGGACUUUGGUGUGGUAGAAGAAUCAUGCUUUCCUUAUACUGCCACAGACAGCCCUUGUAGCCUUCCUCAAAACUGCAGGCGCAUUUACGCUGCACAUUACAACUAUGUCGGUGGAUUUUAUGGUGGAUGUAGUGAAGCAGCCAUGAUGUUGGAGCUUGUCAAGAAUGGACCUAUGGGAGUGGCAUUUGAGGUGUAUCCUGAUUUCAUGCACUACAAGGAGGGCAUCUACCAUCACACUGGUCUCACUGAUACUGUCAAUCCUUUUGAGCUGACCAACCAUGCCGUGCUGCUGGUGGGUUAUGGCAAAUGUCACAUGACCGGGCAGAAGUACUGGAUUGUCAAGAACAGCUGGGGAACCGAGUGGGGAGAGAAGGGCUACUUCCGCAUUCGCAGGGGGAGUGACGAGUGUUCCAUUGAGAGCAUUGCUGUUGCGGCCAAUCCCAUCCCCAAACUGUAGUUAUAGUAAUAAAAGGGAAAAUCUUGAUGCAUUUGAGGAG